AUGCACCACCUUCUUGACAAAUUCUGGCCUCAUCAAGAAUUCCUCAGAGCUCUUUUGUGGCUCCCCCCAGUGGAUGCUCCUUUCUGGAUCUGCUCUUGGAUUAUGAGCAAAUGUGAUGAAAUUACCCUCGAUGGUAAACACCGCCCACAAAACCAGUUUUGGGACUCCUAUGCUCAGGCUCAAAAGAUGUGGGCUGCAAUGACCCAUGUAUUUAUGCGUGACUACAACCUUGGAUCAGUGCAGUGGCAUGAGAGUGAACUGGUCCCUGGUCGCAUGAUGGGCAAUCCCUCCAUUUCAUCCGAAGUAGCAAAUUACAUGUCUGGCCUUCAGCGUCGAAAGGUCAAAGCUGGAGAGACAGCAACAAGUGCUCGAGCGAUAACUUCUAGUAUUUUGGAGGAUUUGUACAACUACAAUCACCUCCUGGAGAACUGGAAAAUUCAUGCAUAUACACCUCUUUCUCGCCAAGAUGCUGGAAGGCUCCAUGAGUGGGGUGGUGGACUUACACGAUGA